AUGGACCUCGAGCAUCGGAUCAAGGCCUACCGAUUCGUCGCCUACUCGGCGGUCACUUUUUCUGUCGUCGCCGUCCUGGCAGUGACAGUCACCCUGCCGAUGGUCUACAACUACGUCCAUCAUGUCAAGCGCGCCAUGCACAACGAAGUCACCUUCUGCAAGGUUUGGCAAGCUUUUCUCGCUUGAAAAUAUUCAAAACUCCUCUUAUGAAGUUUCUUGAUGAUGUUUUCGUUUGGUUGAAGAUACAUUUUCAAAGUAUUUUUUCGAUUUAACGUUUUCAUUCGAUCUCUGUUUAGGGAGAAAAUUUGAAUUUCUUUGAUACCAAAGAUGAGAUAUCGGCUGCAUUAAUGAUUUUUUUAGACAAGCUUCAACUUUGUGACCUCAAAAAAACUUCACUAAACUUUUCUUCCUUUUAAUUGACCAAUUGAAACUUUUAAAUAAAAAACAAUUAACCAUUAAAUUUCAGGGUGCCGCGAAAGACAUCUGGUCCGAAGUCAACAACCUGAAGAACAUCCCUUCUGCCAACAGAACUUCGCGUCAAGCCGGCUACGGUGAUGCCGCAGUCUCCGGCGGUUCCGCAUCUUCUGGCGGUUGUGAGGCUUGCUGCCUUCCAGGACCAGCCGGACCUGCUGGUACCCCAGGAAAGGAUGGACGGCCAGGAAAGCCAGGAGCUCCUGGACUUCCUGGAAACCCAGGCCGCCCACCACAGCAGCCAUGCGAGCCUGUCACUCCUCCACCAUGCAAGCCUUGCCCAGCAGGACCAGCCGGACCUCCAGGACCCCCAGGACCAGCCGGAGACGCUGGACUCGACGGACAGCCAGGAGCUCCUGGAGAGGAUGGCGCGCCUGGAUCGCCAGGAAUCAAGGGACCAGUUGGACAGAACGGAAACCCUGGAGCGCCAGGAGCUCCUGGAGCACCAGGACAGGACGCAGUUUCGGAGCCAGUCACUCCUGGAGAGCCUGGCCCAGCCGGAAACCCGGGACCUCAAGGACCACCUGGAGCUCCUGGACCUGCUGGAAACGACGGUGCGCCAGGACAGCCAGGACCGAAAGGACCGAACGGAAAUCCUGGACAGCCUGGAGCCGACGGCAACCCAGGACAGCCAGGACAAGCUGGACCACCUGGCGGCGCUGGCGAGAAGGGAAUCUGCCCCAAGUGCGUUGGUUUCUUUUGAAAACCUCUUGAAAAGAUUAUUUCCAUCAUAAAUUAUCGUUUUUUCAGAUACUGCGCCAUCGACGGCGGUGUCUUCUUCGAGGAUGGAUCUCGGCGAUAA